AUGGCAGGAGAAUCACAAACUACAAGGCAGUUACAAGCAUAUUGGCGACAAAUGCUUACGAACAGCUUCAAAGAUUCCCCUGAUGAAAGACUUCAGGUGUACACAUGGCUUUCCAACGUUCCAUAUGAUGGGAAUAAAUUGUGCUCCGAUCUCUGGGUGUUGGCAAUGCUAAAAGCCGUUCAGGAUCCCUGGUCUCGCGUCCGCAAACUUGGACGUGAGAGUCUACUUGCCGAAGUGACCGCUGCAGCAGUCACACCAAAUAAAAUGGUUAUCCGUCGCCUUGUGGGUCUUCUCUUCUAUAAGUGGCCUAGACUACAGCACUGGUAUGAGAAGGAGGGAAUGUUGAAACUUUGGGAAGGAUUGGUGUUGUGCACACCAUGUGUAAAUGAGGAUGUAGGCGUCUUAUCUCAUCUUUUACUUAAUGUUGUAUUACAAUCAUUCUCUGACCCUCAAUUUCCAGUGCGUGAAGUAGCUGUUGGUAUCGCUCUUCAGAUAGCAAAGCGCAGUAAAGAACUCGCUUCUUUUAUAAUGGAUUACAUUUUUGCAAAGUUUAGAGUUUUUCUCAAAAAAAGUGAAGAAUCAGAGGUAAUAAUGCAAAUAGAUGGAUUUCUUGACUGUUUUGCGAAAUUAUUAGUUAUACGCUCUGAGUCCAAUCUUAAUCUAUGGUGGGUCAAGAUUCAACCAAUUCUUCAACAAUUUGCUCAUCAUUCUGCUGCUAGCAUUCGUCAACGGGUUGCAGAAGUGUGGACUAUACAAUCAGAAGAAUGUUUUAAAAUGUUGCUAGAUGGUAUUAUUAAAAUGGUUCAAACACCUUCACAGGAUGAUGAAUGGUGGCGAAUGGUGGAAACUCUUCUUAUGGCACUUCAGAAACAAUUAGAACGAUAUUUAUCUUUUCCGAAAAAGGUAACAAAAUUAGGAUUUCAGGCCAAACUUCAAAUUUCCGACUCCCUUCAUGCGAUUCUGGUGUUUGCUGAAGCAAAACAAUUUGAAGUGGCAAGAAUGGGAAAACAGGUUUUACCUUUACUCAUACAGUUUUGGGUUCGUUUUGCUCCUUCUCUUUCUUUUGUAAAAGAAUGUUGUAGUAAAUCGGCAGUACGAUUUCAAGAACGUGAAUAUUUUUCUGUAUUAUUUUUACCUGAAAUUAUUUGGUUUCUGACACUUCGACGUUAUAUCCAGCCCAAGACAGAAGUGAAAGAAGUUAAAGAUGUAGUGAGUCAGUAUGUGUUAACUCUGUUUGAAAAGAAUAUUGGAACCCCCUUAGAAUUAAAAUCAGAAAAAGAAAAUAUAUUACCUUUAACACGUUCUGGUGUUUCCCUUUCGAUUUUGUUACUUUGCACAUAUUUUCCUGAAUGUUGUAAUGAUUCUGUCGAUGAUAAUGGUGGUACCAUUAUGAAUAUGGCGUUGAGUAAGGAACUUUGGGAAAAAACAUUGGAAGAAGAUGCAAAUAAUGUAAAAUAUGCGGUUGAUUUUUCCCUAGUUGUGCGGCAGAGUGGAGGAACAGUAAUGCAUCUUGUUCCAACAUGGCUUCAUUGGUUCUCUAGUGCAUGUGCACAUCAACAAUGUUUGAUACUUGAGGCAGUGAAAAUUGCAAUUGGUGCAAAAAAACAUUGGAUAUCUCAUAAAUUUUUUUCCUUUGCGUAUCAUUCAACAUUUGAUGCCCCGACCAUGCAAGAUGGUGGAGAGGAUAUUUCUCGUGGAUUUCAUUGGCUUAAAGAAUAUUACCCUUCAGAAUCUUUAUUGCCUGAAAUUUCCUCUACUGUUUUAAGUAAUAAUGAUAGUCGUUUAUCUAAUAUUACGGAAUAUCUUCAUACCUUGGUAUAUAAUAAGGUAUUCAUGUCAAAAGGAGCUGAACCUUCUGUUUUGCAUAUUAUACGCUCUGUGAUGUUAGUUGAAUGUGAGGAGGAUCCUACAGAGAAAACAAUGGUUUGUAUAGUAUCUGCUAUCAUUUCCCGUUUGGAAAAUGUGACUCCGAAUUGGCGGGAUACGUUGUUAACACUAAAUAGUGAAGAAAAUAAUGAUUUUGGCACUAUUACCUCUUGUGAAAUCAAUAGUGAUGGUGGUUGCAGUGAUUGGGAUGAAUCAGACAGCGAUUCCGGUGUAGGAGUUAUUGCGAUAGAAGAAGAAAUUAAGGAAGCCAGAGCCCAAUUAGCAGCUAUUAUUCGCAUCUGUUUCGCUAGAGAUCAAGGGAAACUCUUAGAGGUUGCAUGGCCCAAAGACGUUAGAAAAGGAAUUGAAUUACUUUGCGGUGUCUAA